CCAACACGAGCAACACAACAAGUUGAGCAUCACAGUCACACACACGCACACACACACACUACAAGUACACCAAGUACCCAAGUCACAAACACAAUGGCAGCACCAACCGCAGCACACAUCCGUCCUUCUGGCGCCGCGGCCAGAGUCGUUCCCUUUCUCGUCGUCGCCGGCUCUGUCUCCAUCGUCGCCCACUACGUCGGCUCCCAGCUGAGCCGGUCGCGGAACGUCAUGGACAGCCGCUUCGCGCAGUACAACAGCACCCAGAGCGAGGCGCAGCGUCGCAGAACCUUUGAGGGCAACACGCACCUCGACCCGAGGACGAGCCUGUUCAACAUCCUGGGGCACUAGAAGAGACAGUGCACUUCCAAGGGGACAUUGCACUUCAAGGCGUUCAGGAUAGAUUUCGACAUUGGAUUUUUGGCACAGCAUCAGCCGGGGCAUACGUGUACAUACAGCCACAAACAAGAUUUAUUUCACCUUUUCCCACGAA